AUGAAGUUCCUCAGCAUCGCUUGCCUCUGCUCCGGCGUCAUCUCCGCCGUUCUCGCCGGCGUCAUUGUCCCGCCUGCCGACUUGGUCGCCCGCGGCCGCGGCGGGCCCAUCUGCCCGGUCGGCACCAACAUGAACAAGCCCUCGUGCUGCGCAGCUGUCAUCAUUGGCGGCUACGGGAAGAACUACAAUGGCCACUCCGGAGAGGGCGACUGGGAAGGCGAUUGCGCUGGGCAGCGCAAGGUGCCCGCGUGCUGCAACGGGGGUGGCCGCUGCGUCAAGAUUUAG